ACUUUUAACUCUUGAGUCCACUCUCUGACCCUACACAUGCAUAUAAAUUCCCAACCUCACUACUCCUCUCCCCCAAAAACCCCAAUCAACACAAUGCUCCGCUCCCUCCUCACCUCCACCGUCACGCGCCUCUCCCCGCGCUGGCCAGUGCUUAUCUACGCCGUCACGUGGACCACAUUGCUCACUCUGACAGUGGCUGUGGCCUCUUUCUCUCCCGAGGUUGCCUUCGUGUCCGCCAUUUCGUCGACGUCUAAGUUCUCCCUAGUCUGCGGCUCGGAAGGGUCGAUUAGGAUUCCGUCAGACGUGCCGGGAGACAUCCUAUGCCUGCCGGCUCACCUGUUCAGCAAGUCCGCCAUCGAUUUCAUCGUGCCUCCUGUUUUCGCGGCGGUCGUGGUGGCUGCCUCGGCUUACCUGAUUAGAGCUGUAGGUUUGUGGGAGGCAGAUGAGGUCCAUUGAGUUGGGCAGUUUGGCUUUGACUUACAAUUUUAGGUGUUUACUGUUUUUUUUUUUUUUUUUGUUGGAUAAAUAGGUUCAUGAAUGAAAUUAUGAGAAUAUAACAUUGUUUGAUUCAUUGUUUAUGCUCUGGUCUUUGGAAACCUAUGAGAAGUCAAAAAUCAAAAUAAUUUACAUUCACGUUGCAAGUAAA